UUCUCACCAAAUUUCUCUUUUGGAAGCCGAGAAAUUCACCAACCAACCACGUACCCUACGCUCAGGCUUUGUGCAGUCCUCUUAAAGAGGUCCCCAACAGAUUCUCAUUGAAUUUGAAGCGUUUUGAUGUCUUCCCCAGCAGCGCUCUCAUUCAACCCUCCUGGGUUUUCUCCCUCUCUCUCUCUUCUCUAUGUUUCUGCAUUUGUUUCAACUUUCAAUACAGCUAUAUGUCCUUAAUUUUUCCCUUUUCAAUACUCUCCUGGUGAAUUCAACAUGGGUUUUCUGUCUUGUUGAGAUCUUGAAGUGACCCAUUUGCUGUUUCAGCCUCACUCACUCAAUCACAUUUAUGCCUCUCUCAUGGAUCUUGUGAGCACAGACUCCUCCAUCCAUGGAUCACAAGCCUUUUCUCCCAUCAAAAGCCAGGCGAGCUCAGUGCUUCCUUCUCCCUCUCAUUCCUCGGACACCAGUUUCCCCAUUAUAGCCAUUGCCGUAAUAGGAAUCCUGGCCACUGCUUUCUUGCUGGUGAGCUACUACAUCUUUGUAAUCAAAUGCUGCCUCAAUUGGCACCGGAUUGAUCUGCUGAGACGAUUUUCUUUCUCAAGGAGUCGGCACCCGGAAGACCCUUUAAUGGUGUACUCCCCAGCAAUCGAGAGUCGAGGCCUGGACGAGUCAGUCAUCAGAUCAAUCCCAAUAUUCCAGUUCAGGAAAGGAGGUGGCAGAGAGUUUGGAGAAAGAAGCCAUUGCGAGUGUGCGGUUUGCUUGAAUGAGUUUCAAGAAGAAGAGAAGCUAAGAAUCAUACCAAACUGCAGUCACAUAUUUCAUAUAGAUUGCAUAGACGUGUGGCUUCAAAGCAAUGCUAAUUGCCCACUUUGCAGAACAAGCAUUUCAACCACACCCCGGUUUCCUGUUCACCAAAUCAUUGCUCCUAGCUCUUCCCCCCAAGAUCCAAGCCCCUACGCCAAUAAUUACAUAGGAGGGGAUGAAGAUUUUGUAGUAAUUGAAUUGGGAAAUGAUAGUUCUGCUGAUUCAUCACUGCUUAGGCCACCAGAAAGACUGAAUUCCAGAGAGUUAUCUGCGCCAUCAAUUAGUCCAUCACCUAGGAAGCUAGAGCAGAGAAUUGUGCCUAAAAAGGCAAGGAAGUUUCAUCAUGUUGCAAGCAUGGGUGAUGAGUGCAUUGACACUAGAGGCAAAGAUGAUCAGUUCUCAAUCCAACCCAUCAGGAGGUCUUUUUCAAUGGACUCAUCCAACGACAGGCAGCUGUAUUUAGCAAUUCAAGAGAUUUUGCAACAGAACAGGCCUGUCAGUGACUUCAGCCCUAGUGAAGGUUGCAGCAGCAGAUUCCGAAGAUCAUUCUUUUCUUUUGGCCAUGGAAGGGGAUCCAGAAGUGCAGUCCUGCCAAUUCCUAUGGACCCAUAGCAGCACCAAGGUUUUUUUUUUUUUGUCAUUUUUUCCUUCUUUCUUUUUAAUUUUUUUUUCCAUCAUUAUUUUUAUGAUAUAGAGAGAUUUUAGAUGUAUUAAGAGGAUAUAGGACAGAUUGUGAUAUAAACAGGGAACCAAAUUGAAAUUUG